CCGCUCGGAGCUCGGAGCCGUCAUUCAGCUGCAGGACGCUCUGGAGAUCAGUCUCUGCUGUACCUGCUGCUCAUGGAGGAGCCCGUCCACGCACUUCACGCACACUCCGAGUACCCGAGUUAGGAUCGAAUCGCGGACAUGAAGCUUCUCUGCGGAGGAGGAGCGGCGCUGCUGCUGCUGCUGCUCGGCCGCUGCUGCUGCACCACUCCCGACAGGAGAGUGUGUCAGGGAAUGAGCAACCACCUGUCGCUGUUGGGGACGUACGAGCAGCACUACGACAGCAUGGUGAGGAUGUACUCCAACUGCUCCGUGGUGCUGGAGAACCUGGAGAUCACCUACACGCAGGAGCACCACGACCUGUCCUUCCUGCAGUCCAUCCAGGAAGUAAGCGGUUAUGUUCUGAUCGCUAUGAACGACGUGGCGACCAUCCCAUUGGUCAACCUGAGACUGAUCCGGGGACAGAACCUGUACGAAGGCCGGUUCGCUUUGCUGGUGAUGUCCAACUAUCACAAGAACGCCUCAUCUGCAACGCUCAACUACACCAGCGGCCUGAAACAGCUGCAGCUCAGCAGCCUGACCGAGAUCCUGAAAGGAGGUGUAAAGGUGACCCACAAUCCUUUGCUGUGCAACAUAGAGACCAUCGACUGGUGGGACAUCGUGGACAAGGCCGGCAAUUACAGCGUGGUGUUCACGAAGGACGACUUUCCAAAGAAAUGUCAGACGUGUGACCCCAGCUGUCGUAACAGCUCGUGCUGGGCAGCAGGACAGGAUCACUGUCAGAGAUUCACCAAGCUGCUGUGUGCAGAGCAGUGCAGCUGGAGGUGUCGGGGGCCCAAACCCGUCGACUGCUGUAACGAGCACUGUGCUGCGGGCUGCACUGGACCUCGGGCCACCGACUGCCUGGCCUGCAGGGCUUUCAAUGAUGAUGGAAUCUGUAAGGACGCGUGUCCACCUUUGAAACGCUAUGACUCCAAACUUCAUCAGGUGGUCGAAAACCCCAACGCCAAAUUCACUUUCGGAGCGACCUGCGUCAAGGCCUGCCCACAUAACUACGUGGUGACUGAAGGCUCGUGUGUUCGUUCCUGUAGCAACAGGAUGUACGAGGUGAAGGAGAAUGGAAUCCAACGCUGCAAAGACUGUGACGGACCCUGUCCUAAAGCCUGUGACGGGGUCGGGGUUGGCGCUCUGAUCAACACCAUCGCUAUCAACGCCACCAACAUUGACUUGUUUAAGGACUGCACCAAAAUCAACGGCGACGUCGUCAUUGUUGAAUCCUCCUUCACUGGGGAUCCGCAUUACAACAUCCCACCCAUGGAGCCCGAGAAGCUGGAGAACUUCAAGACAGUGAAGGAAAUCACUGGUUACCUGAUGAUCCAGUUCUGGCCCAAGAAUCUGACAUCUCUGUCUGUGUUUGAGAACCUGGAGAUCAUCAGAGGAAGAACGACAUUCUCUAAACACAGUUUGGCCGUGGUGAAGUUGAAGCACCUGCGCUGGCUGGGUUUGCGCUCUCUGAAGGAGGUCAGUGCCGGCGUAGUGGCAGUGAGGAAUAACCCCGAGUUAUGUUAUGUUUGGAAAGACCAGUGGUCCCACCUAUUCAGAUCAACCGACCAGACCAUUAACUUGUUGGACAACAGUCCCCCUGAUGUGUGUGAGAGGAACAAUCAAACCUGUGACACGGAGUGUACAGAUUUGGGCUGCUGGGGCCCAGGGCCCACCAUGUGUUUGUCCUGCCGGCAAUUCAACCGCAAGGGCUGCUGUGUGGUGUCGUGCAACCUGCUGCAAGGUGAACCCAGAGAGGUGGAGGUAAAUGGCAGCUGUAUCCAGUGUCACCCAGAGUGUCUGCUGCAAACCGGGUCGCUGACCUGCUCCGGACCGGGCCCUGACAAGUGUUCCCAGUGUGCCCAUGUUAAAGAUGGCCCCCACUGCGUGCCACACUGCCCUCAUGGUGUGCAGGGAGAGGGAGGCAAGCUGGUCUGGAAAUAUGCCGACAGAAUGGGCCAGUGCCAGUCCUGCCACCAGAACUGCACCGAGGGGUGUUCUGGUCCUGGAUGGUCUGGAUGCAAUGGCUCUGUUGCACACUCUACACUGGCAGCCAGCGUGAUUGGAGGGCUCCUGCUUCUCGUCAUUGUGUCACUGAUCAUCUUUGUGUUGCUACGACGAAUGCAAAUUAAGAGGAAGCGAACUGUACGCCGCCUGCUGCAGGAGAGAGAGCUGGUGGAGCCGCUGACCCCCAGUGGUCAGGCACCUAACCAGGCACUGCUGAGGAUCCUGAAGGAGACCGAGUUUAAGAAGGUCAGGGUGCUCGGCUCCGGCGCCUUUGGGACGGUGUACAAGGGUUUGUGGAUCCCUGAAGGCGAGAACGUGAAGAUCCCAGUAGCCAUCAAAGUUCUCAGAGAGGCCACGUCACCGAAAGCCAACCAAGAAGUCCUGGAUGAAGCGUAUGUGAUGGCGAGUGUGGAUCACCCUCAUGUGUGCCGCCUGCUGGGAAUCUGCCUGACAUCAUCGGUCCAGCUGGUUACUCAGCUGAUGCCGUACGGCUGCUUGCUGGACUAUGUCCGGCACCACAGGGAUAGCAUUGGGGCGCAGUGGCUGCUCAACUGGUGUGUCCAGAUCGCUAAGGGGAUGAACUACCUGGAGGAGCGUCACCUGGUGCAUCGUGACCUGGCUGCAAGGAACGUCCUUUUGAAGAGUCCUAACCACGUCAAGAUCACCGACUUCGGCCUCGCCAAGCUUCUGACGGCAGAUGAGAAGGAAUAUCACGCUGAUGGAGGAAAGGUUCCCAUUAAGUGGAUGGCAUUAGAGUCGAUCCUCCAGUGGACUUACACCCAUCAGAGUGAUGUCUGGAGUUACGGUGUGACGGUGUGGGAGAUCAUGACGUUCGGCUCCAAGCCAUACGACGGCAUCCCGGCCAGCGAGAUCGCCACGGUGCUGGGGAGAGGCGAGCGGCUGCCUCAGCCCCCCAUCUGCACCAUCGAUGUCUACAUGAUCAUGGUGAAAUGCUGGAUGAUCGACCCGUCGAGUCGGCCCAGGUUCAAAGAGCUGAUGGUGGAGUUCUCCAAGAUGGCCAGCGACCCGUCCAGAUACCUGGUCAUACAGGGGGACCUGCCGAGUCCGUCAGACAGCAGGUUUUACUCUCGUCUGCUGAGCACCGACGACACCGAGGACGUCAUUGACCCGGACGAAUACCUGCUGCCCUACAGAGGCAUGGGCAACCAUAAGGACCGGCCCAUGAAUGGUCAUCCAGCCGGAGAGAACAGCCUCGCCCUGCGGUACAUCACCGAUCCCACUGACAGCGCGCUGGAAAAGGACUUCAUCGACCACGAGUACAUGAACCAGAGUGUGAGUGAAACCAGCCAGAGCAGCCGGCUCUCCAAGGUUUUAAACCCUAAUUAUGAGGACCUGAGCCUGGGCUGGGGUGCUGCCCCACUUCCCCACCCGCUGGAGGAUCUGAACACCUCCCAAGUACCCUAUGGACCCGAAUACCUGAACGCCUCCUGCAAACUGCGCCCUCUGGUGACCAGUCACAGCCUUGAUAAUCCAGACUACCAGGCUGACUUCCUGCCUCAGACCAUUACAGAUGCAACUUUAGCCGAGAACCAUCUGUUCCUCCCAGCAGCGGAGAACCUCGAGUAUCUGGGUGUGGGCGGCGCUCUACAUGCUCCUGUCCGCUAGGGGGCAGCAGCACUUGGGCUGUCAGGCUGAAGCUGUGCUCUACUUUCAUUCAAGCUGCCCACAGGAUUUAAUUGUUUUACAGUCAGUUCUUCAGGAAACACUGACUCACAUUCACUCCCAGAGCUCGGAGGCUUCAUCCAGACUGACAGCCUCAGACUCACAAUUGAUCUUUGCAAGUUUGUUUGACUGGUAGGACCAAAAGACUUGGUGUAAGCUCUGCAGCUCCUGAACGAGUUUCUUUAACAGGCUCAGUCUGACUAAACCUUCUGUUUGACUUGAAAUACUCUGAAUGAACUUUUAUUGUAUAAAGUGUAUAAAGUUAUGAAUCCUUUGCUUUACUUGCCAAGAAUAAGCCAAAUCAUGAUUUCCUGUUAACCACUACUGCUUGUGUCUGUUUAUCACUGUUGAUAGUGUAAAUUUAUGGAAGUUGAGAGGCUGUCUGCAGGUACUGAACCUUUGUCAGCUUCUCCUUUUCAAGAGAAUAAAUAGUUUUCAUAUUUAUGGAAACGAUGAUGAUCAGGACUUUAAUGUGUUAGAGGAAGAUGGAUGAUGAAGAUGUGCCCAACAAAGAACAAUAAAGAGCAUCUGAUCAGAGUGGGAGCAGUUUGGAGUGAGUCUCGAGAGUCCAGACAGAAACUUUACAAUCUAUCAAAUUUAGAUCCAACUUUUGCAGCUCACAGUGCUGAACUGCUUUUGUUUAGUUUGAAUAUUCCAAAAAAUCAACCCAAGUUUUAUCGACAAUGCUGAGUUAUUGUCAUUGUUGUGGUGCAUCGGUUACUGAGCGCCCCUCAUAGAAGAUGGCUUGACGUUCAAUUCCCUGUUUGGCUGGAGCCUCUCUGUGACAUAGAUGUAAACUGGCUGUAGUGGUGGAAAGCAUAAAGUACUACAUGAAUGUGGCUUGUAGCGUAGAAGGCUUCGAGUUAAAAAACAACAACUGUUUUUUAAGGCGGUAGUGUUAAGAAUCAAUCAGCUAAUUUCUCUGUGCUUCAACUCAUUUGGAGACAAAUCAUGUAAAUUAUGACCUUUGACAGCCUUCAGCUUCCAUAGAGAAUCCACUGAAUGUCUGUAUAUGUGAUGUGACUGUGGUCAGAUGUGAACUCAGGUGUGAAUCCAGUUUUCUUUAGCUGACCUGCUAACAGGUUACAUUCGCUGUUUUCUUGUUUGACACUGAAUGAAGUUAAAUAUCUGCAGGAUGUUUAUCUGUUUAUAAAAUUCCACGAAUGUCGGCACCAAUCUUUUAGAGUUCGUAGGUGGAAAAUGUGGGAAUGCUCAGUGUGGUCUCAGAAUAAGGUGUUGCCUCAGGUGGAAGGUGUUUUAUAGUGUAAGGUUAAGACCCUAAUACAAAGAGAUGAUAUAAAUAUAUUCCUGCCCUCACCUAUGGCCACAAACUUUGGGUACCACAGUAAUAAGGGAGUCGAGGCUCAGCCUAAUGUGGGUGUUAGUUUCCCCAACAUCUGCCAGAGUCUCCUGAAGUCCAAGUGACUUAUGGAUCCGAGCGGAUAUCCUCAUGCCUGCCAGCUCUGUGACUGUGUGACCGUGCACACACGUUGUGUUGUCUCCGUCUGUAAGUGUCAGAGUAUGUUCACCACUUAAGAGAUAAAAUAACAACCUGAGCAGCUACUACUCCACAUUAGAAGGAUCCAGACGUGCUUGUGUCAUCUGACUGUUUCUACCCAGGAUGCAGUGGGAGUCUCUUGUCUGGAUUAGGAAUACAUCAUUAUUCCUGUGGAAGAGCUGGCAGUGGUGGAAAUGGAGAGGGAGGUCUGGGCACGCCUGCUGAGACUGCUGCCCCAACAUCUGGAUGCUGACGAGCAGUGGAAAGUGGAUGGAUGGAGGAAUGUAAGCACGAUGAAUAUGAUGGAUGGACAGGAAAGACUCGGAGAAAACUUCAAACUAAAAGAUUCAUAAGAAGAAAACAGAAACCAAAACAUUCCAGUACAUGUUGCUUCUAUGUCAUUAUUAACCUCACUGCUAUUUCAGCCAAUAUUUAGUGAAUGGUGUUCUUUGCCUCUUGCAGAUCAGGUUAAAUGAGUAAACAUUGCUGGGUUUUCAUAAAAAAUGUAUAAUAAAACUUUAUUUAAUACAUCAGAAAGACCUACAUGUAAAAUAUGAGCUUUUCAUGACAUUGAUUUUUCAAAGUUUAAUUUCAGUUUUUGAUCAUUUCUGCAGUGUGAUGACAGCUGCCAUGUUGUGUCUCUCCACUCUAACAGUCA